CAAAGAGUUGCUUCCAACAGUCUCCUGUAUUUGGGGUCUGGUAACACAGGGAUCGCUGGUGCUCCUGCUUGGCUGCAGGAUUUUACUGCAGCCAAAGUUUGGCUUUUUCUCCCAGUUCCUCCUCCCUUCUAUAAGGUCCUCUGGUAAGACGAAUCUAAAAUCAUGGUCAGCUCCUGGGUCAGCCUCCGAUUCUCUGUGAUACUUCACCUCGUCUGCCUGUCUCUGGCACAGUUUACUGGUCCACCAGGAGAGCCAGGUCCUCGUGGCCCUCCAGGCCCAUCAGGAAUUCCAGGAUCAGAUGGCAUUGAUGGUGAUCGAGGGCCUCCAGGGAUUGGACCAGUGGGUGCUAAAGGCGAUCCUGGCCCUCCUGGACCAGACGGACCUCCUGGUGAACCUGGUAUUGAUGGUCUGAUAGGAGCUAAAGGAGAUCCAGGCCCUGCAGGGCGUCCAGGCUCAAAAGGACAGCCUGGGCUACCUGGACCAUCAGGAAAGACAGGUCCUGGAAUUGCUGGACUUCCAGGUAACCCUGGACCAGUUGGUCUUCCUGGAGAAAUAGGAGCUACAGGCCCCAAGGGCAUACGUGGACAAUCUGGACCUGCAGGGCCCCCAGGACCACCUGGUAAACCAGGACCUUCAGGAAACAUCCAGGGCUUGGAAGGCAGUGCAGAUUUCCUGUGUCCUUCAAAUUGCCCAGCAGGACCUAAAGGACCACAAGGACUGCAGGGGGUAAAGGGACAUAAGGGUCGUCCAGGACCAUUGGGAGAAUCAGGAUUACAAGGGGCCCCGGGUCAAAAGGGAGAUGUUGGGAUUUCUGGAGAGCAAGGAAUUCCAGGACCACCGGGCCCUCAGGGAAUCCGUGGCUUCCCAGGAUUGGAAGGACCUAAGGGUGAAACUGGCCCCGUUGGAUAUAAAGGAAUGAUUGGAUCAGUUGGAGCCGCAGGAAAGCCAGGUGAAGAGGGUCCUAAAGGGCCUCCUGGACCCCCAGGUGAAAAAGGAGACAGGGGAGCUCGUGGUGUCAUUGGACAGAUUGGAGGCAUGGGACCAAAAGGCACCAAUGGCCUUCCUGGAAUUGAUGGAAAAGAUGGCACCCCAGGCCUUGCUGGACUGAAGGGUAGCCCUGGUCAAAAUGGAAUGCCUGGUGGUCCCGGUCACCAAGGAUUAGCUGGUUUGCCUGGUCAACCUGGAACUAAGGGUGCUCUUGGUGAAAAGGGUGAGCCCGGCUCUCGGGGAGAGCCAGGAUUUACAGGUGCACCUGGAAAGCAGGGAGAAAGAGGACCCCCUGGAGAAGCUGGCCCCAGAGGAAUUGCAGGUGCCAAGGGAGAUCGUGGAGAGAGGGGACCAGUUGGACCAGUUGGACUUCAAGGGAAAGUUGGCACAAAGGGUGAACAGGGCCCUCCUGGUGUCCCAGGUCCCCAGGGUCUUCCUGGAGUAAAAGGGAGCAAGGGUUUCCCCGGAAAAGUUGGAACAAAAGGAGAUGUGGGAGAUCCAGGAGUUGAAGGAUUGGCCGGUGACAAGGGUGAGAAGGGUGAAUCUGGAGAACCAGGACCUAAAGGACAGCAAGGUGUGCAUGGAGAACUGGGUUACAACGGACCAACUGGAGACCCAGGUAUGCCUGGAGUACAAGGCCUUCCUGGGUCACCAGGGCCAAGAGGACUUAAUGGAGAGAGAGGUGUUCCAGGGAUGCCAGGAAAUCAAGGAGUGCCGGGCCGGGAUACUAGUGACCAACACAUUGUAGAAGUGGUUUUGAAAAUGUUGCAAGAAAAUCUUGCAGCUGUUGCUGUCAGUGCCAAGCGUGCAGCCCUUGGUGGAGCUGGUAUCAUGGGACCCCCUGGACCACCUGGCCCCCCAGGACCACCAGGAGAACAAGGACCUCAUGGACACGUUGGUCCACGUGGUAUUCCAGGCAUUGUGGGUGUAAUGGGUCAGGUUGGAAACACAGGACCCAAAGGCAAGAGGGGAGAAAAAGGUGAUCGGGGAGAGACAGGACGUGGGCACCAAGGUUUACCUGGACCUCCUGGAAUUCCAGGUCUUCCUGGCAUUCCCGGUCACUCUAUUGAUGGAAAAGAUGGUGAGAGAGGUCCACAAGGGGCAGCAGGAGAGCCUGGAAGACCUGGGCUCCCUGGACCAGCAGGUCUCCCAGGGUUCUGCGAGGCAGCGGCAUGUUUGGCAGCCUCUGCUUAUGCUCCAGCAUCUCUGACUGAACCAGGCACCAUUAAGGGUUAAGGAAUCCACUUUCCCCAUUACAUUCUCUGAAAGGACCUUGGAGACAAACUGAGAAUAUCAUGGGAAUAAACCUGUACUUACCACAGGGACUAGUUCUCCAAAUACACCAUGCUUCCCCAACAUGGUCCUUUUCAUAUACAAGGGGUUUGCAGGACCUAAAAAAAAAAAAAGCUCUGGCAUGGCCAUGGGAGGAAGCAAGAGCAAGAGGUUCUGAAGUUUCCAGUGAAACACUCUGUCACCACAUGCCAUUUUACUCUUCUCCACAUUUUUUUGGUUUUCAUGGCCCACCUCUUAAUUCUCUUUCCAUUGGGAAGAUGUACCCAGAUUAGUGACAACAGGGAAUCACCUACUGGCUGCCUGCAAAGGUGGGGUAAACUACCAAGACCAACUUACAUGUCUGAUACCAAGCAAUACUGUGUGUUUUCCCUGAAGAGCAGGAAAAGUGUUUAUGAAGCUCUUCAGCAAUUAUGGCUUCUUCCUUCACUUGUAGGAAACAGCAAGAAAUAAAUAGUAAUGUGUUUUAUGUGUCAUGCUGAUGUAUAAUAUUAAUAUACUCCUACUCCAGCUGGACAGAUCAGGGUAGAAAUAUAUCAAAUUAUACAUUGUGGUGAUCUAGGACAUGCAGACUGACUGAACGUGGGGUCCAGUACAGCCCAAAAUACAAUAGUAAAAACGGUUAUGGUAUUUUGUGUUUUUUUGUACAAAGUUUUGGCAUUAAAGGCCUCUAUUUAUGUUACAAUCAAAAGGUGCAUUCUAAAUUAAAUACAUUGCUACAAAAAGGUCCCUACAUUUUCAACAUUAAAACAUCUACUUGAUAAAUAUUCAGUUUAAUACCACAGGAUUAUAUUGUCUGUUUAAUAUACCUUAAGCAGAAAGAUAAGAACAUUGUUUCUUUGCAUACCUGGAUUUGCACAAGAGUGGAAGGUGCCAUAUUGCUUGCCUGUACACAUCAAUAGAACAGCACAAUCUAAUUUGACCACUAGGUCCUGCUGUUCAAUGCCAAUGAAGAAUACUUUCACUGAGGCUAGCAUAUUUUAUGCCCAUAUAAUUGGCCAAACACAGAUCAAUGAGGCCUUUUUAAGGUAAAUGUUUGUCUGUGUAAAUUGUAUGUGUGUCUGCUGUUGUGUGUGAAUAAAAUGUAGCCCUUUUAUGUAUCUUUAUCAACUGUCUAUGUGUUCUAGGUAUGUGUGCAUGGUGUGUAUGCCAUUGUUAGAUGCAGCUUGUUACUGUGAAAGGCAUGUAUGAUUAUUGAUGAAGCAGGGAUGUAUUAUCUCUGUGUUACAUGUAGCAUUAUCAGUAUGAAAGAUGACACUUUCGUGUUUGUGUAAUGUUGUGUUUCCCUCCUAUUUCUGUAAAAAGUAAGUGUCUCUUUCUUUUUUUCUGGCUACUUGUUGUCCUUUCAUCUAUAAAUGUGGAAACUGCAUGUUGCCUCAUUUCUGUUCAGCGUGUGACCAGGGCAGAUAUCAAAUGGAUAAAGAGGUACAAUUAUCAUCCAUCUAGGGGGUCUGAAAAUGGCAUUUAAUGCCAUCUAUUAAAAGCACCUACAUAUGUUGCAGAGUUUAACCUGGCAAUAAUCCCACAACAUUGAAUGAGAAUUUCAUCAGUUCGCGAUCAAAAUGUGUGAUCCUUUGGUAGAUGCUUCACUUCAGUGACUUGGCUAAUCAAACUCUAUGGUAAUGCCACAGUUGGUCAGCUAAAGCAAAAUACAGAUAGAGCAAUGACAAUAUACAGUAUGGGGUAUAUAUGGUCAUUGGCCAACCCAAAUCUACAGAGGCCUGCACUUCCUUGUAAUUAUUCAACUAGCCAGCUAGUGAAUUGAUUGUCCAGACAGUCUUUGGGUCAGUCUGUUAAAAUACAUACAAUUGGGCCAUGUAUGUGGAUGGUCACGUUGUACAAAUAUCUUGAGAGACUGACCAAAGCCCUGUUGGCCAUUUAUGCUAUAAGUUGACCUGUGUGAACAUUAUUAUCCUGAAUUCUAGAGAGCCACAUUAAAAGGAUAGAGGUACUCCUCACAUAAGUUAGUUCCAGAUGUGUUUUUCUUUGUAUACAUGAUAAAUUGUCUACCAUGCUUUUUGCAUUUGGUGUGUGUGCCCCUGUACAUGGGACUUACUGUCCUGUCCCAGUCCUCUGUGGCCAUUGUUUUCUUUAAGACAUCAAUACAUUUCUGUCAUAUUUCUGACUAAAGCAUUUGGGGGCUCCUUUACAUAUCAGUAGCAAAUGAGCCCAUUUUUAAUUUUAAUAUAUGGCCAUACACUGGGCAAUCUUAAAGAAGAACUAAAGCCUAAAAAUGGACAUAGCUAGAAAUGCUGUAUUUUACAUACUGAACUUACUGUACCAACAUAGACAUUCAGAAGCCCUGUCAUGGUAAUGAUCCAGGCCUUUAGAGUUAUUUACAGUAGCUCACCAGAUGGAGAGCUACUGGCGGAAUAAUCUGAGCCACAGAUCUUCACUGCUAAAGGACUGUGGUUUAAUUAGUAUAGUAAAGUAGGCAAAAUCACAAAGUGUUGCAUUUCUAGACUAUCUCUUUGUUAAGCUUUAGUUAUCUUUUAAAGGUAUCUGUCUGAUCGGCCCAUCCACAUAUUAUAACAUGUUUCCAUACAUGGGGUUGCCAAUAUUCUAUUGUUAAGAGGAGCUGAGACAAAAAAGGCUACAUAUGACAUUUUCAGUUUGGGCAGAUCAGCUGCAAUCCAAUAGGAUGGCCACUCGUAACUGAUCAAUGAGGUGACAUGCAUGCCCAGACAGUCAGGCAGUAUGGUUGAAAUUAACCAAACUGCAUGACCAAAUCUCAUUGCAUAUUGAAAGUCAGUGCUGUAUGUUUCCUUUAUGUUUAUGUAAAAGGUGUCUACAUUUGUCUGUGCCUAUAUGUUUAAAUGGUGCUAAAUAUAACUUGUGUCUGUGUAUAUGUUCAGGUCUGAGUCAAUUGCUCUUCACAUCACUGGUUUAAUGCUGAGAAAUAUGACAUUUCUCUGCAUCUAAAGCAUUACCGCUUCUGGGAAGAUGCUAGGUAUUCUUUGUGACUGUUACAAGUUGUUUAUUGUUACUGUAGAUUAACAUCAUGUAUUUAUGAUACAUAUAGGUACAUGUUGUGUUGUCUCCCUUGGAAGCAGUUAAGAGGUGUGAUUGGUAGAUGUAAACAGGGAGGUGAGAGGAGCAAGGUUAUUUCAAGUAAUUCAUGCCCUUGGUAUUAGGAGAUGGCAAGUGGUGAAUGAUAUUUUUCACUAGUAACAAGUUAGCAGUUUUGCAGACAGGAAUCAAUUAUUGUGGAAAAAUGCACAUUAUGCAAAUUUACCUCAAUUUAGUCUCCAUGUAGUAAUUUAAAUACAUUGUGAUUUAGAUGUUUCUGGCAAUAUUUUUGGUUUGUUAAAUUGUAAUUUAAGUAUGUUUGUAUUUUUUACAAGCCAAAAUGCUUAGUUUUUCCAUAUUUAUGGUAAUGUCCAACAACCCCAUUGAGCAGCACUGCCAAGACCCUCCUGCAGAACCAGUUCAUGUUCGUCCCCAUGUAAAACUUUGUAAAUGAUUAUUUUUAAAUAAGUACAAAAAAAGACUUUUUGAGUAAAUUGGAAUAAUAAAGAAGAGUUGGGGUGUA